CUCCCGGUAACGUGCAUGAUUGACACUUUUCCGCCAGGCCGGGGCAUGUAUGUGCGUGCCUGUGCUCUCCACUGGGUUUCGUUGUAGUUCAUCUGCGCAAUGUAAUCGGUGCAAAGCAUGUCCUCCAAACAUGCAUACAUGUAGCACCUGAGAGACGCGGGUCCUCCAAUAUCCUUCUUGAUAUUUUUCCGGGAUAUUGAAGCUGUUAUCAGCUUCACAUUUCAUUCGGAGGGUGGAUUCUUUACUGCCAAGGAUUCAACACCGUGCGGGAGGCGGAUGUUGUACUCUGUCUACAUGGUUUUUUGGGUGUCACCAGCUUGAAAUUUAUUAAGCAACGUAAUCAUGGCGAGCGAUUCCCCCGCUAGAAGUUUGGAUGAAAUUGACCUUUCGGCUCUGCGGGACCCUGCAGGCAUAUUUGAGCUGGUGGAACUGGUUGGAAAUGGAACCUAUGGACAAGUCUACAAGGGCUGCCAUGUUAAGACAGGACAGCUUGCGGCCAUCAAGGUCAUGGACGUCACUGGGGAUGAGGAGGAGGAGAUCAAGGCGGAGAUCAACAUGCUGAAGAAGUACUCUCACCAUCGCAACAUAGCUACCUACUACGGUGCCUUCAUCAAGAAGAACCCACCAGGGAUGGAUGACCAGCUCUGGCUGGUGAUGGAGUUCUGCGGUGCAGGCUCGGUUACCGACCUGAUUAAGAACACGAAGGGGAACUCUCUAAAGGAGGAGUGGACGGCCUACAUCUGCAGGGAGAUUCUCAGGGGUCUGACCCAUCUCCAUCAGCACAAGGUCAUCCAUCGUGACAUCAAGGGCCAGAACGUCCUACUCACUGAAAACGCUGAGGUCAAGCUGGUUGACUUUGGUGUGAGUGCACAGCUGGACCGCACUGUGGGUCGGAGGAACACCUUCAUUGGCACACCGUACUGGAUGGCCCCGGAGGUGAUUGCCUGCGAUGAGAACCCAGACGCCACUUACGACUUCAAGAGUGAUCUGUGGUCUUUGGGAAUCACUGCAAUUGAGAUGGCAGAGGGAGCGCCACCGUUGUGUGACAUGCACCCCAUGAGGGCACUCUUUCUCAUCCCUAGAAACCCAGCGCCCCGUCUCAAAUCCAAGAAAUGGUCAAAGAAGUUCCAGUCGUUUGUGGACAGUUGCCUGGUGAAGAACCACAAUCAGAGGCCCAGCACGGAGCAGCUGCUGAAGCACCCUUACAUCCGCGACCUGCCCAACGAGCGGCAGGUCCGUAUCCAGCUGAAGGACCACAUCGACCGCACCAAGAAGAAGAGGGGCGAGCGGGAUGAGACGGAGUAUGAGUACAGUGGCAGUGAGGACGAGGAGGAGAGGGACAUGGGGGAACCAAGCUCCAUCAUCAACAUUCCUGGCGAGUCCACACUAAGGCGGGACUUCCUGCGGCUACAGCUGGCCAAUAAGGAGCGCUCGGAGGCGCUGCGGCGACAGCAGCUGGAGCAGCAGCAGAACGAGGAGCACAAGCGGCAGCUGCUGGCCGAGCGGCAGAAACGCAUAGAGGAGCAGAAGGAGCAGCGCCGGAGACUGGAGGAGCAACAGCGUCGUGAGCGGGAGGUGCGUAAGCAGCAGGAGCGGGAGCAGAGGAGGCGCUAUGAGGAGAUGGAGCAGCUGAGGAGAGAAGAGGAGCGCCGCCACGCCGAGAGGGAGCAGGAGUACAAGCGUAAACAGCUGGAGGAGCAGAGGCAGGCUGAGCGUCUGCAGAGGCAGUUGCAGCAGGAGAGGGCCUACCUGGUCUCCCUGCAGCAGCAGCAGCAGCAGGAUCCGCGGCCAGCCGACAAGAAGCAGCUCUACCACUACAAGGACGCCAGCCCCAGCGACAAGCCAGCCUGGGCCAAAGAGGUGAUGAGACGUGCUCAGAGUAACUCUCCCAGACUGCCCCCCAAGAGGUACCACUCCUUCAACACCCCCAGGGACAGUCACUCCCCCAGCGGGCACCAUCUCGCACCCAGCCCUAACCGUCGCUCCCACCCGCGUCGCUCCCCUGGGCGCCGCUCCCCUGCGCGCCCUCCCUCCUACCCUGCCAUGUCUCCCUCCCGCUCUCGAGAGAGACAGCGACCUCACAAUGCCAACCUCCCCCGCAUCCGCAUAUCCUGCGAACCGGACCUGGAGCAGCAGUUGUUGGCACAGGGGGUCAGGUCGCGCGGUCGUAGCGCUGACCGCUCUCCCCGUCGGGUGGAGGACCGCUCCAAACUGAACCGCCAAAGUUCGCCUGCGCUUCAACACAAGGUGGCCAACCGCAUCUCCGACCCCUCUCUACCCCCGCGCUCAGAGUCUUUCAGCAGUGGGGGGAUCCAACAGGCACGAACUCCCCCCAUGCAUCGCUCCAUUGAACCACAGAUGGCCCACUUGGUGUCGGUGAAGUCCCACGGCUCCUCCAUGUCGGGCUCCCAGUCUCUUCACGACGGCUCCUCGCAGGGCGUGUCGGCCUUCCAGGAGAGCCUCUCGCCCCACCGGCCGCCCAUGCCACGGCAGAACUCCGACCCCACGUCCGAGACCCCUCUGCCCCCGCCGCGCGUCGCCAGCAGGGACGACAAGUUCGACCGCUCCUGGCUCAGGCAGGACGAGGACCUGCCGCCCAAGUAUGAUCAAGCUGGUCCUCCUCAUUGGAAGGUGCCCCAGCGGACCACCUCCAUCUCCCCAGCACUGGACAGGAAGAAGUCUCCUGGCAACGGCCCUGGCGGACUGGGCCCUCGCAGCGGCUCACAGCACAUCCGGGCCAGCAACCCGGACCUGCGUAGGACAGAAGUGGCCGCGGAGCCAGGCCUCCAGAGGACCAGCAGUGGCAGCAGCUCCAGCUCCAGCAACCCCAGCUCCCAGGGAGGCUCUGGGGAGAGGAAGAGGGAGAAAGGCUCCAAAAAUCAAGAAGCGUCCCCAGCUGUCUCCGAGGGCAAACAUAAGAAACAGGACGAGGGCAGUGUGAGACCCAGUCGCCCUGCGGAUCUGACUGCUCUGGCCAAAGAGCUGCGCGAGUUGCGCUCCAAUGACGACACCCACCGCCCCCCUGUGAAGGUGACGGACUACUCGUCCUCGAGCGAGGAGUCGGAGAGCAGCGAGGAGGAGGAUGGAGAGGGCGGAGGCCACGAUGGCACCGUGUCCGUCAGCGACAUGCCACGGAUCAUGCCCUCCGCUGGCCAGGGUGGUAACGAGUCCUUCGGCACCAUGAGCAACCAGGAGGAUUCCCACGGCAACAACCUGUAUGGCAACAACUCCCAAGAGAGUUUACUGAUGAAGGAGACGUUUGUGGACAGAAGGCACUCGGGUCAAGCCGAGAGCAACGGUUUCCCCGGUAACGCCAAUCUGCCUGAUCUAGUGCAGCAAAGUCACUCCCCCUUGGCCACGCCGGGCGAGGGUCCGGGGCUGGGGCCGGGGCCGGGGCGACGGCCCAGUCUGCUUACGCAGGACCUGGACGCUGGGCCAGAAUAUGGGAUGGGCAGUGGCUCAAAGGCCUCUUUCACUCCAUUUGUGGACCCCCGCGUCUACCAGACGUCCCCCACCGAUGACAACGACGAGACCUCUGCUUCGGCCCUGUUUGCGGACGAGCUGAUGCGGCAGCAUGAGGAGCAGGAGCAGGCUCGGCUCAACGAGGCCCGCAAGAUCUCUGUGGUCAACGUCAACCCCACCAACAUCCGGCCGCACAGCGACACCCCAGAGAUCCGCAAAUACAAGAAGCGCUUCAACUCUGAGAUCCUGUGUGCAGCACUCUGGGGGGUGAACCUGCUGGUUGGUACAGAGAAUGGGCUGAUGCUUCUGGACCGUAGCGGUCAGGGGAAGGUCUACAACCUCAUCAACCGCAGACGGUUUCAACAGAUGGACGUUCUCGAGGGCCUCAACGUUCUGGUCACCAUUUCAGGCAAAAAGAAUAAGUUAAGGGUGUACUACUUGUCCUGGCUGAGGAACCGGAUCCUGCACAAUGACCCAGAGGUGGAGAAGAAACAAGGAUGGAUCACUGUAGGAGAAUUGGAAGGAUGUGUUCACUACAAAGUUGUGAAAUAUGAAAGGAUUAAGUUCCUGGUGAUUGCCCUGAAGAAUGCGGUGGAGAUAUAUGCCUGGGCCCCAAAGCCAUACCACAAGUUUAUGGCCUUUAAGUCUUUCACAGAUCUGCAGCACAAGCCUCAGCUGGUGGACCUGACGGUGGAGGAAGGCCAGAGGUUAAAGGUCAUCUAUGGCUCCAGUGUGGGCUUCCAUGUGAUCGACGUGGACUCUGGAAACCCAUACGAUAUCUACAUCCCGUCUCAUAUUCAGGGCAGUGUCACCCCUCACGCCAUUGUGGUGCUCCCCAAGACCGACGGGAUGGAGAUGCUUCUGUGUUAUGAAGAUGAGGGGGUCUAUGUGAACACUUACGGCAGGAUCACUAAAGACGUGGUGCUUCAGUGGGGAGAGAUGCCCACCUCUGUUGCCUACAUCCACUCCAACCAGAUCAUGGGCUGGGGAGAGAAAGCCAUUGAGAUCCGCUCCGUGGAAACGGGACACCUCGACGGAGUUUUCAUGCACAAGCGAGCUCAGCGACUAAAGUUCCUUUCUGAGAGGAAUGACAAGGUCUUCUUUGCCUCCGUUCGUUCAGGAGGAAGCAGCCAAGUUUUCUUUAUGACCCUGAACAGAAACUCCAUGAUGAACUGGUAAAUUGUUGUCAGCCAUCAAUUCAACAUCAUCAUCAGCAGCAGCAGCCGAUCAGUUGUUGAUGAGAUUUGGGAGAGUUUGCAGUUUGCCAAAGUUUGUGAAAGGGGAAUUAAAAGGUGGAACCAGAUUUCUUGGAUAUUUGAAGAACCAUCAGGAUUAAUGGGUACGCUGCAAUCCCCAACAAGUAACUUAACUUCAUAGAAGAGGGACUCAUGAGUCCAUGACCAGAUAUGGAUAUGUCCAUUACAAAAUAAAGGUCCUUCUCCUAAACUUUUGCUUCAUAAAACAAGAUCAUCCUUCCUUAAGUUUUUCUAUUCAAAUAUUUAUUUCAGCUCAUUUGGACUUCAGAAUGAUGUUCCAUGCUUCAAAUUAAGUCUCUUUACUUAAAAAGGUUUAGUGCACAUAAAAUGACACUUUUGAUCCCAUGCGUUCUGCAGUAGGGUUGUACAUUUAUACCAGUGAUAGAAAAGGGAUAUUGCUACAGGAUAUGUGUAUUAAACUUCAAAAUGUCUGAACCUUGUCUGUUGUGAAACACAUCACUGACUGUAACCAUUUUGUUGUAAGACUUUCCCUGAAAUUCUUCACAGUAGCCUUUUUGGAGUGUGUCUGUGAAUGUGCAUGUUUGAGUGUUUGAACGUGUGUUUUUCUUUUGUCUGAAAAGCAGUGCCAUAUCACUGAAAAACUAAUCCUUGGAGAUAACAUAAUGCUGUUUCUUAGUGAUUUUACAUACGUAUCCUAUUCAUAAUUCAAUGGUAACUGUUAUCCGUCGAAUCUGGCCUUCCCUCUUCCUGAAACGAAACAAAACUCCCCUAUAAAUUUACAAAUAUUCCACAGAAAUCCAGCCAAUGAGAAGAGUAGGAAUAGUACACCUCUGAGGAAAGUGGUUGGCCAAUGAGGGGGACUGGUUGAGUUUGUUGAUAUAGUAAUACUGUAUUCUCAGUUCUUAUUGUGCCCCUUCUAUCUAAUGGAAUGAACUCUCAUACUCCCCCUUCACGAUCAAUGUUCAUCUUGUAUGUCCAUCAGAGAGAACUCAUCUGUGCAGCUGAAUGGGUGAAAUCAUCCUCAAAUAUGUGCACUAAAAGGAAGUAGCAUUGAGGAUAUCUGAAUUCUGUGGGUUUGGAAGAAAAUGUAAAUGGAGUUAUCAUUUGUACAGUAGAGCUUCCUUCUAACCUACCUCGUUAAUUUCAUUUAUUUCUUUUCUGUUCUUUUUCUAAUACUUAUCCACACAUUUUGUUAAGUCAUGAGAAGAUUUAUCUAUCCAAAUGAUCAUACACUUGCGAUCUCAAACAGCUAAUUAACAACGGGUCAUGAUGACUAGUGGAAUAAACUGAUAUAAAAGAGGUGACAUAAAUUGUGCCAAUGAGUAAAUAAAAACAGAACCUUUGGACUGCAGUGACAUCUGAGCCAAAAAACUAUAGCAGCUACUCCUUUUAUGAGGAGCCAAGAAUGGUUUCUUAGUCAUUGGGAAUAAAGAUUAGGUGAAAUAUAAAUCAUAUCACAAUGAAUUAACACAAUGAAAUCAAAAGUAAUUGUUAUUUACUAGUAUUUAUAAGUACAAGACUGUGAAACUGUGUGUAUGUGUGUGCGUGAGUGAGAGCAUGUGUGCGUGUAUCCACAGACCAUUUUAGCAUGUCUGCGAGUUCUUCAUUUCCCCCACCAACGUGAAUUUAUCAAGUCAUAGCACCAAAAUAUAUGAUGGGAUAUUUCUUUCAUGCACUGCCUGCUGUUUUUCUUUGUAAUUCUACGCUCAUUUCUAUGGAGUUUUAUAAUGUGUUGAUUUCAGUUUUCUUUGAUUACAUCUGGACAUAUCUCAAUUAACAAUGUCAAAUGUACAUUUUUGUAAUAUGUUUAGCAAUUAAUUAUUACUAGAUUGUCACAGUACAAAUUCCUUUGAAUAAUUAGACAUCCUUUCCUGGGAAAAGACAGAUAUUAUUGUAAAAUGCACAUAAUGGUUUGUUACUAGUGAGGCUUUUUGUAUAGCACCAUACUGACUUUUCUUAUGAUGAUGGGACACGGAGAAUGAGGGAAAUACAGUACGCCAUGCCCUUGACCACUGCCUUAUGUCUGGCCUUGAGAAACAAACGGGAACAUCUACUUUGUUUCACCGAGACUUGACAUCAUGAAAAUCCUGCAGCAGCUACUGUACUGCUUCUCUUAUCCCAGUGACACCUGAGGCUGCGAUGAAUCAGAGAUCUCUCUAAACCUGUUCCUGUUGGGUGAACAUAUUUUUGUAUACCCAACCUUGUCAUGUCAAAAUGCAUUUUAAUGUAAGUAAUGCACAGAAUAUGCAUUUGUUAUAUUGAGGUCACUCUUCCCUCAUUUAAAAAAAAAGAAAAGAAAAGAAGCCUGAUGGGUUGAUUUACCUGUCAGGGCCAUAGGAACAGACCAUGUAACUCACAGCCUAUGUAGUGAACAGUGUAAACAUGGGAUUAUCAAUGACAUGGAGUGUCUGCAUAUACCUCUUUGGUCUUUUCCCCCAAUCAGACUGGUAUGCAGAAAACAAUACUGAUUAUGUUUCACUGUGUUUACAAUUCAGUUUUUUUCCUCUCCAUCAUAGUUAUUGCUCAGUAGCUGUCAUACGUCAUAUUUUUUUCUGGAAUAUUUCUCCCUGCUGGUGAUUUUUUUCCUCAGCAUUUUUUUUAAAAUAUAUAUAUAAUUUUAUGAUGAGACUAGUUAGUGUCUGAAAGUGCUAUGAAAUCUCUAUUAGAAUGUCAGAGAUUAUUAAAUAUCAGUGCUUUAUGUGAGGGUAAUCCAGUUUUAAAGGUUUCACCAGUACUGUAAAACGUGGUCAUGCUUUCAUCUUGUUCUGUUUUGUUGGCUUCUCUGAGCUGUGGGAACAUACUAUUCAAACAUCUCUUUUCUUUUUGUGGUGAUAUUACCUGGUCUUUGAUUUAUUUUGCACAAAUUAUUUAUGUUUGCGAGAGGAAGUCAUCAAUGAUAAGAAAUGGACAUUAUAUAGGCCUAGGCCUAAUGAUAAAGUCUGGGUCCUGCAAAGGUUUCCGUGAAUUCUGCAUCAAACAUUAUCAUUUAGCAAUAAAGUGCACAAAUGUUUUACUUGUGUUU